GGUGGCAGCUGUCCUCGAGUCUGUGUAGAGGCUUUUGCAGCGGAGGGGAUCUGGAUAUCUGGAUAAAACGGGACAAUGUCGGCCAACGCAGGGUCCAUGCGAAUUCUCAUCAAAGGAGGAAAGGUGGUCAAUGAUGACUUCACCCAUGAGGCAGAUGUCUACAUCGAGAAUGGAAUCAUCCAGCAGGUUGGUAAGGAGCUGAUGAUCCCUGGAGGGGCUAAAGUCAUUGAUGCCACUGGGAAGCUGGUGCUUCCUGGAGGCAUAGACACCAGUGUUCACUUGGAGCAGACCUUUAUGAACGCCACCAUCCAGGAGGACUUCUACAGUGGCACCAAGGCAGCUCUGAUGGGCGGCACCACUAUGGUCAUGGCUUUGGUGCUGCCCGAACAGCACUGCUCUCUGGUGGAUGCUUUUGAGAAGUGCAAGGAGCUGGCUGAUGCAAAGACUUGCUGUGACUACAGUCUGCAUGUUGGGGUGACGUGGUGGGGACCCAAGGUUCGUAACGAGAUGGAGGCCCUGGCACGGGAGCAUGGGGUGAACUCCUUUCAGAUGUACAUGGCAUACAAAGACAUGAUGAUGCUGAGGGACUCUGAGCUUUACCAGACUCUGCAGACCUGUAAGGACAUCGGGGCCAUCGCUCGUGUCCACGCCGAAAACGGAGAGCUGGUGGCAGAGGGUGCCAAGGAAGCUCUGGAGUUGGGCAUCACUGGACCAGAGGGGAUUGAGAUCAGUCGUCCAGAGGAGUUGGAGUCAGAAGCCACCCAUAGAGCUAUCACCAUUGCAAAUCGGGCUCGCUGCCCAAUCUACCUGAUAAAUGUGUCAAGUACAUCUGCUGGAGACAUGAUUGCUGCUGCUAAGAUGCAAGGUAAAGUGGUCCAUGCAGAGACCACAGUAGCUCAUGCAGUACUUAGCGGGAUGCAGUACUACCACCAAGACUGGGCCCACUCUGCAGCCCAUGUCCUGGUACCUCCUCUCCGCAUCGAACCCAACACACCCGGCUACCUCAUGGGCCUGCUGGGAAAUGAUACCCUGAGUGUUGUGGCUUCAGAACAUCGUCCAUUUAAUGUAAAGCAGAGGGCUCUUGGAAAAGAAGACUUCACUAAGAUCCCUCAUGGAGUAACUGGAGUCCAGGACAGAAUGAGUGUCAUCUGGGAGAGGGGAGUGGUAACAGGAAAAAUGGAUGAAAACCGCUUUGUGGCUGUUACAAGCGCCAAUGCUGCCAAAAUUUACAACUUGUACCCACGUAAAGGGCGCAUUAUCCCUGGCGCUGAUGCUGAUGUGGUUGUUUGGGAUCCAGAUGCAACAAGGACUAUCUCUGUGAGCUCCCAAGUGCAGGGUGGAGACUUUAACCUUUACGAGGGUCAGAGGUGCCAUGGUGUGCCUCUGGUCACCAUCAGUAGGGGGCGUUUGGUUUGUGAGAAUGGUGUAUUCAUGUGCGCUGAAGGAUCUGGGAAAUACUAUCCUCAGCGUAUUUUCCCUGACUACCUCUACAAGAAGAUGGUGCAGAGAGAAAAGACUCAGGUCUAUAAAGGAGUGGAAAGGGAUCCAUACUCCGGUGACGUUGCUAAAAUUACAGUCACGAUGAAAAAGGAACUUGGUCUGGGCCCUAUUGACGGUGAAACUCCCAAAGGUGCACGAGCGCAUCAGGGUGUCCGAGAUCUCCAUGAGUCCUCCUUUAGUCUCUCAGGAUCUCAAGUUGAUGACCAUAUCCCCAAGAGAUCCUCUGCUCGGAUCCUGGCCCCUCCUGGUGGUCGCUCCAGUGGCAUUUGGUAAUACAUCGUGGAAAUCUGCAACUCCGAGCCUCGUUUUCUUUAUUUUUAUUUUUGAACAACCAGGAAAACUGCACUGAUUUACACAAGAAUAGAGCUAUGGGAAUAAUAUAUUACAUGCAAGAUUAACGAUGUAAUUGGACUAUUCAAAGUUUACAUACCUUAACUUAACGUCUUAACUAAAAUGACUAGUUUUGGAGCUUUGCUAAAGUCAUCAUAUCAGGAAAUUAAGUAUAGAUUAAUAUUUAAGAAACCAGUACAGUUUUUAGUGGUUUAAAAUCAAAUGUUGACUGGAUUAUUUAAGUGAGUAAUAACCCUGGAACCACUGAUCUAUCUUUUAGUCUUUCACGUAUAAAUCAUACAGAACACAGUAGGCAUAACAGCUGUAGACUUGUAUGAAGAUUUUGUGAAUUAUGUUUGUGACUAAACCUCCCACUGUGCUUGGCUUCCCGCUGCACUAUGGGCCGGUCUGACAGUGUUUUUAUUUCCAUCGAAUGAUCUCUGCCGUGUGGUGAUGAAAUCCAACUGCUUCAAAGACACAUUUGUGCUCUUUUUAAGUUAGACUUGACCCCUGCAAGGCUUACACAUUCGCUGCUUGACAAUGAAGACAUUUAUAUCAUGCUGCAUAGGCUUUUUGAAAGCAUCUUGACCUCCCCGAUGUUGAAGCAAAGAUGGAAACUGGUACAGUUGUAACAAAUUCUGUCUUGUGGACUGCAUGUUGCUCGGCUCUAUUCAGACUCUGUGUAAAACAGGAAAGGUCAUGAGGACAACUUGUUUGUACUACUACAUAUUAUAUCCAAAAAAAUAUAACUUGGUGGACAUAGUGCCUUCUUAUUCAGAAUAUUAUGGAAGGUGCUAAAGUUAAAAGCUUGUGUGUAUUCAUUUGGAUGCUGCUAACAUGUUUAACAUAUCAUUAUGCACAGGUUAGUAGUUAAGGGUCUGACAAUAGAAAUAUAUUAAAUAAAAAUAUUUUGAUUGAUAUUGUCUGUAGCAAUAGAUUGUGGACUACUGGAAUAUGUAUUAUCAUGUAUUUAGUCAUAAAUAUGUGCAAUAUGCAGCACCUACAGUAGCACCAAAUGGAUUUAUAAAAACAACUCUUCUAUUCGGAAAAUAAUAAGGGAUUUACUGAUCAAGUCUCCACAGGCAGGAAGAUUGAGCUGCACAGGCGAAGACUGCUUCUCUCACCUCCUGAUACUGUCCUUUUUACCUAACAGUAUUACAUUUAUGCGUGAUCACAUCAUUUGUCUGUGUAUAUUUAGGAUCUCUGUAUUUUAGUUAAAAGAACGUGCCAACAUGACUCACCUGUGCCACAUUAACGCUGUGCAUGAGAAGCACCACAUACCGUCAAGAAGCGUCAUCUCUCUGAUCAAAAAUGGUGCUGUUUUUUACUAUAAACCUGACAUUAUUUUAUUGUGGAUGAAUUUGUUGUUUUGAAGGCAUUAACUUCUCAGUGGCUGUGUGUUUGUAGAUUCUUG